CCCUCGCCCUCCUUCUUCAGCAUCGUCCGCCGCUGCGUUGCUUGUUUCGCAAGCUUGCAUCCGCAAUUAUCCACACACCCGCCGGCUUAUCCGCUUGAGCCCCGGCUGUUUCAGUCCUGCACUGCUGCUCCAGUCCCCUCCGUUAAUUCACUGAUAUUGCCCUGCCGCCAUGCGACGCACCAAAUUCGUCUCUGCCGUCGACGCCUCGCUCCCGCUGGCUUCGGUGGCGACGCUCAUCAAGUCCGGCUGCAACACCUUCCUGCUGGCCAACUCCCACGACUCGAUCCGUGGCGAGUCCGUCCCGCACACCAAACGGCUGCUUGCCCUCAUCACCGAGAUCCGAAACGUCUCCACCGAGCUCAAGCAUCCCGUCUCCCUCAUCGGUGAACUGCCCGGCAUCCAGUUUUUCCUCGCUCCAGCCGACCCGUCGAGAUCCGCUGCUGCCUCCAUCACCCUUGUCCCCGAUCAGACCGUCAGCUUUGCCCACUGCGACGCACCCUCGACCGAGGCAGCCCUCAACUCCUACGUGUCAGACAAUCUGCUGCUAAGCUCCAUCCAACCCACCCACCGCAUUGUCUUUGAGCCUCCCAAGGACAGCCUCGGUCGGUACCAACGCGACAAGCGUAUCGAGCUCGUUGUGCUCGACCGCACCGAUGCUCGCUCGGUGCAAUGCCGGGUCGUGGUCGGCGGCACCCUCUCGCAGGGUCACCGCUUCUUUGUUCCUGAUACCCUGCUGGACACACCAGCACUGACCGAAGAGGACAAGGAAUUCGUGCGCUUCAUGUACAAGCACCGAUUCGAGUUUAUCCUGCUUCCGCAAGCCCGUCGUGCCCAGGAUGUCCAGGAUCUUGUGGACUUUUUGAAGGCGCUCACGGACGAAGACAAGAGCUUCGACAUCGACUCGCACAAGUUCGGGGUUGAGACUCAUGAGUUUGAAAAGGGCUGGCGGCCACACGUCCUUGCCAAAAUCGAUAACACCGAGGCUCUCACCUGUCUGGACAAGAUCCUCUAUGCUUGCGAAGGCGUCGUGACUUCCCGCACGACACUUGAGCUGCUCGUGGGAUCGGGCUCUCUACCACUCUCUGAGAGCGAUGUUCUCAGGCGAACGAACGACGCAGGCAAGCUGACACUCGCCGAGCCUCACCUGCCUGUCGUGCAACCCGAUCCGCUGCCAGAUAUCAGCCAGGAUGAAGACUAUCCGCCAUCUCCGCUCAUGGAUGUCGACGCAUUGGUACUGCCACAAGAAGUCUCACAUAGCGCGGCAGCGGUAGCUACCCUAUCUGAGCUGAACGAAUACUGCGUCAAGAUCGAAAGCCAGUACUCUGGCGACCUGCUAGCGCCAGUCAUGAGCCUCAAGAGCAACAAUUCGACCCGCCGCCGCAGAAGUACACGUGGCUCCGAGUUCGCAUAUCCGAUCGCCGAAGGGGCUGUAAUGGUUGCGGCCGAGUGCCACGCGAAAGCCAUUAUUAUCAUGACGAUUCGCGCCCAUAUGGCUGUUUAUGCCUCGAAGCGGCGCGCCCACUGCCCAGUCAUCGCCGUGACGCCGACCGUGUCCAUCUAUCGCCGGCUAGCGCUGACAUACGGAGUCUACCCCGUACUUUCGUCUGCGAUGCGAUUCCAGCAUGCUCACAGUCGGCUGUCCGCAUUUGAUGACUAUUUCUCGUCCGUCAAGCUUCCCGGCCUGGACAAGUUGAGGACUAUGGAUUUCGGCAUGGGUGCCGGCAUGGACGCUACCGUCCUCGAGGACCGUGCACGCACCAGCGUUGGCGACUCAGCCGUCGCUGAUAUGACACCGUCCCCAUCUGUCAAGUUCCCAGGCGAGUUUGGGUUCGCUGCGGACGCCGGAACAGCGAUCGGCAAUUCGUUCAGUAUCGGCACCAGCUCUGGCAAGAUGGGCAGCGAUGCUGUCGGCAUCAGCUCGGAUGGCUGGAUGAACUUUGGAACGGCCUCGUCUUCGAGUCUCAACGAGCUCACCAAGGGCAUCGGCAAUGUGUCGAUUGCCCCACUCAACAACACCAUGAUGUCAAGCACAUGCAAUGGCGGUAGCGGCAUGGGCGUCAUGGGCGCCGAGGUUCCCGUGAUGAACCACACCGAUGCCAUCUAUCCCAUGAUCGAGCACGACAUCCAGGAUACCGUCGCUUACGAGCUUGGUCUGCAGCUCGGCGAUCCGAUUCUCUUUUGCGCCGGCUAUCACCGACCAUGGCCUGGAAUCUCCAACUGCAUCCGCCUGAGCCACUUUGGUGAUGCCAUCAAAGACGGUGAAGAAAUGGCUCGCUGGAAGCAGGCCUUUGAAUUCACCAGCGGAGGCGGCCUGCAGGUCAAUGCCCAGAUUUGAGCCUCGCGCGUGUGGAAGAGCCAGCUCGCACAGGCAGAGGUGUCCAAAUCAACCUGGCAAAGCAG